AUGUCUUGCGCCUUAGUAUACCGAGGCAUCGCUCGCCCAAGAACAACACUUUUCACAUCCAAGACCUCAGUCCUAAGAUAUCUCUCAACCCAAACUAUAUACCCCGAAUCUCCCAAGGACCGACUUGUCGCCCAGCGACUCCGUCGUCCAGUAUCGCCCCACCUGAGUGUAUACAAAUGGAACUACGUCAACUCAUCCUCCGCAUUACAUCGAAUCACCGGAAUACUACUCUCUGGAAGCUUAUAUGGUUUCGCAACACUAUAUCUAUUUGCUCCAACCUUAGGACUCCACCUUGACUCAGCAACAAUCAUCGAAGCAUUCGGUUCUUUGCCCGUCACAGUCAAGACAGCGAUUAAGUUCGGUCUUACCAUACCAUUCACAUAUCAUGCAUUCAGCGGUAUUAAGAAUUUAAUGUGGGACUCUGAUCGUCUUUUGGGGAAGAAGCAAAGUGGAAGGGCUACGUGGAUUGUGUUGAUUUGUUCGAUGAGUGCUUCGCUGGAAUUGGCGUUUUAUAAACCCGGCGAGAAGAGUGAGAAAAGCCAAUAG